CUAGUACAGUUCCAUAACAUUCGGUGGCAACUGCUAUGGAUUCAAUGUGAGAAAUGGCUGCGUUAAUCGAAUAAUUAUCUGGACAAUUUUGUCAGUACUGUCAUUUGUCAUUCCUUGAAUCAAUCUGCCCACACUCAAAAGACGCCACCCCAGCAUCCGAGUCAUCCAAAAUUUCGUCUCUUGCCCCGGCCAAGCACGCAAUCGAAGCCAAUCUUGACCUCAGCUGUCCUGUGGCGUUAUUCGUCCCACGACGACCAAGUCAAGGGCCCGCUGCGCCUUUCUUUCGUGACCGCGAAAGUCCAUCGGCCCGGGGUUCCCCCCAAUGGCAACCUUUUCACGAAUCUGGCACCAUUCCACCACUGACAGUCGUAACGAGAUCUGUGCCCCGUCGCGACAUUGCUGUGGCUUCUGCUGGGUCUGACGCACCCGCAGCCCAAAACCUAACAACGCCCGCAAGGCCCGUUCCUUGCCCACCACCAUCCCUGUCCUGUUGCGUCUUGGCCGUACAGUGUCUUUACCGCUCCUUUUUCAGCCUCCCUACCUAUAUGCCGGAUCUAGUCUCCAACGACACGAUCGGAAAAUGAAGCCACCCGCCGCCGCUGCAGUCGGCGAUCAAGAGGAGGCCUCGUCCUUUGAGAGCCGCGAAACACCUCGCCCACGUGACGAUACGAGCAGCCCGACACCCAUCGAUCGCGAGAACGACUGCGACAGGAGGAGGCCCGAAGAAAAACAUCACCCGCGGCUGCCAGCCCUCUCCAACAUGUCAACGCAAAUAAUCGGCAAGACCGUCAGCCCGUUCCUCAAAGAGCACAUCCCGGGCCUGUACGCGCCCAUCGCCAAGUCCGACACCGCGACCAAGAUUCAGUCCAAGGCCAACAGCAAGUUUUGCUACAGGCACCGACCGGACCUCAAGUGUCGGCGGGCCGCGGACGAGACAAAGAUGGUUUCGAUACAGCGCUCCCUCGAGAGGUUACCAACAGACGACCAACAGGCCAUAACGCACGUCUGGUCGUUGUUUUCGGCGGCGCCCGCAAAACACAGGGAUUUGAUGCUGCAGGGCAUCAUUACGCAGUGCUGCUUCCCGCAGCUUUCGACGGUGUCUAGGGAGGUCCACGAGCAGCUCAAGAUAGACCUUGUAACGGCGCUUCCCGCUGAGAUCUCCUUCAAAAUUCUCUGCUACUUGGAUACCGUAUCAUUAUGCAAAGCCGCCCAGGUCAGUCGGCAGUGGAGGCAACUGGCCGACGAUGAUCUGGUGUGGCAUCGGAUGUGUGAACAACACAUCGAUCGAAAAUGCACAAAAUGCGGCUGGGGUCUACCAUUAUUAGAAAGGAAACGAUUACGCGACUGGACAAGGCAGCAACAGCUCGCAAAGAGCAAACGACCACAACCACGAGACCCAAACGCCCCGCCACCCAGCCUCCCGGCACCGUUAUCACUACGGUCGCCUACACCACCGAAGCGGGAGCGUGAGGCGGAAGAUGAUGGUGGCUCCAAGCGACUAUGCACAACCCGGGUAGGCGACGGCAUGUCGGAGGAGCCGGACCAACCAAAGUUCAGACCGUUUAAAGAUGUCUACCGCGAUAGGUUUCGUAUAGGAUACAACUGGCGGCACGGCAAGUGCGCCAUCAAGAUCCUCAAGGGCCACAGCAACGGCGUCACAUGUCUACAACUUCUUGACAACGUGUUAGCAACCGGCUCUUACGAUUCCACCAUCAAGUUGUGGGACAUCGAGACGGGCGAGGUUAUACGGACGCUGCGCGGGCACAGGAUGGGAGUACGGAGCCUUUGGUUUGAUGAUAGCAAACUUAUCAGCGGGAGCCUGGACCAAACUGUCAAAAUAUGGAAUUGGCACACUGGCGAGCUCCUGAGUAGUUUACACUGCCACACCGACGGUGUCAUCACUGUGCAUUCGGACGGCGAGUUCCUGGCCAGCGGUUCCAUCGACAAAAAGGUCAAAAUAUUCAAUUUUGUCACAAAGGAGACCUUUUGCCUCAAGGGCCACUCGGACUGGGUCAACUCUGUCCGGGUGGACACUGAGUCUAGGACCGUCUUCUCGGCCAGCGACGACUUCAAGGUCAAGCUGUGGGACCUCGACACGAGGCAAUGCAUCCGUACCUUUGACAGCCACACGGGCCACGUGCAGCAGGUACUACCAUUACCGCCAGACUUUGAGCCCGACGAGGAGCUGCUCCAGGAACCCCCCGCGCCGGGAUCGCCGCCCUCACAGUCUCAGUCGUCGGCCGCCUCGGGCGCGGCCACCGACGACCUCGGCCUGCGGGCCCUGUACGGCCCUUCCUUCGCCGCCGACCCGCAGCGCCCGCUACCGAGCCGGUACAUGCUGUCUGGCGGACUGGACAGCACCAUCCGGCUGAUCGACACGGCGACGGGCCGGUGCCUCAAGACGUUUUUUGGACACUUUGAGGGCAUCUGGGGCCUCGCGGGCGACACGCUGCGGGCCGUCACGGCCGCCAACGACGGCAUGGUCAAGGUCUGGGAGCCGACCUCGGGCCGGUGCGAGAGGACGUUCACCGGGCACAGGGGCCCCGUGUCGUGCGUGGGCCUGAGCGACUCGCGCAUGGCCAGCGGUGGCGAGGACGGCGAGGUCAGGAUUUAUAGUUUUGGGGGCGGCGAAGAGGUUCUGGAGGUUGUGGGCACGCCGAGCUGAGAUGGUGUUGUGCGUGUUUUAUUUUGCGCGGCAUUUUGCCAACUGGAGCAUAAAUGGGGUUGUCCUUUUUGUUUUCUCUUCUUUGCUCAUAUUUGUUCACCUUGGAAAAAUUUGGCCAUGUCAUGGCACGUUUUGUUGAUAAUCAUCUUCUUUUGUUUUAUGGCGGAGUUGGGCGCUGCAUGGUCAAAGUUUGGUUCGUCGGCGUUUUGUCAGUUGGUUUUUGGGUGGGUUGCUAGAAGUAUACCAAUGUUAGAAUAUUACUUGA